AUGGAAAUAGUCUGGGAGGUGCUUUUUCUUCUUCAAGCCAAUUUCAUCGUCUGCAUAUCAGCUCAACAGAAUUCACCAAAAAUCCAUGAAGGCUGGUGGGCAUACAAGGAGGUGGUCCAGGGAAGCUUUGUCCCAGUUCCUUCUUUCUGGGGAUUGGUGAACUCAGCUUGGAAUCUUUGCUCUGUGGGGAAACGACAGUCGCCAGUCAAUAUAGAGACUACUCACAUGAUCUUCGACCCCUUUCUGACGCCCCUUCGCAUCAACACUGGGGGCAGGAAGGUCAGUGGGACCAUGUACAACACUGGAAGACAUGUGUCCCUGCGCCUGGACAAGGAGCACUUGGUCAACGUAUCAGGAGGGCCCAUGACAUACAGUCACCGGCUGGAGGAGGUCCGGCUACACUUUGGGAGUGAGGAUAGCCAAGGGUCAGAGCACCUCCUCAACGGACAAGCCUUCUCUGGGGAGGUGCAGCUCAUCCACUAUAACCAUGAGUUAUAUACCAAUGUCACAGAAGCUGCAAAGAGUCCAAAUGGAUUGGUGGUAGUUUCUAUAUUUAUAAAAGUUUCUGAUUCAUCAAACCCAUUUCUUAAUCGGAUGCUCAACAGAGAUACUAUCACAAGAAUAACAUAUAAAAAUGAUGCAUAUUUACUACAGGGACUUAAUAUAGAGGAACUAUAUCCAGAGACCUCUAGUUUCAUUACUUAUGAUGGGUCAAUGACUAUUCCACCCUGCUAUGAGACGGCAAGCUGGAUAAUAAUGAACAAACCUGUCUAUAUAACCAGGAUGCAGAUGCAUUCCUUACGCCUGCUCAGCCAGAAUCAACCAUCUCAGAUCUUUCUGAGCAUGAGUGACAACUUCAGGCCCGUCCAGCCACUCAACAACCGCUGCAUCCGCACCAACAUCAACUUCAGUUUACAGGGGAAGGACUGUCCAAACAACCGGGCCCAGAAGCUUCAGUAUAGAGUAAAUGAAUGGCUCCUCAAAUAG